UUAUUGAAGAUUUAUAAUAAAACUUACCUAUGACCUAUUAAUCGCAGAAUUUUAAACUACUCGUGUAAACGGAAAAUUUAACCAUAUGUGUCAACCGCAACCGAUACACUAAUAUUAUUUUCAAUAAACAAAACUAGAAAAACUUCUACAUCAUUUUCUCAAAAAUAUUCUAAGAAUCUUCUCUUUCUUUCUCUUUUAUUAUAAGCAACAAAAUUCUAUCAAGUCUCUUAUUGUUGUUGUCUAUGACACUUUUUGUAAUUACUUUCUGAUUUCCAUGCCUACAACAGCUACAAGUUCCUGAGCUGAAAAAGGUACCACUUGCCAACAACUACUUUGUUACUGUUGUCAACAUGUGUGUGCAAGAGGAUGAACAAGUUGAUCAAGAUAAUAAUAAUAUGGAGAAACUUGAUAACAGAAGAAUUUCAUGGCCUUUGCAUUGUGAUCUUUUGCAUGACCAGAUGGAUAAUACAGAAAGAGACUCUUCUUUUAGAAUUUCAAGUGACCAAAUCAGUGCUCCUAAUUCAUUUCCUCUGGAAAGCAUUUGUGAGGAUACAGAGAUUGCAGACAAAAAACAGAACCUGAUAAAUUUCGUCCCUACACUUCGGUCGGGGGAGUGGUCUGAUAUUGGAGGUCGCCCAUACAUGGAGGAUACUCACAUAAGCAUUGAGGACUUGGCAAAGAAAUUUGGUUACGAUGCUGUUUGCGACGAAGCUAUUUCCUUUUAUGGUGUAUUUGAUGGACAUGGAGGGAAGACUGCUGCGCAAUUUGUUCGGGAUCAUCUUCCGAAGGUGAUUGUUGAGGAUGCUGACUUCCCUCUUGAACUCGAGAAGGUGGUCACAAGGUCAUUUUUGGAGACGGAUUCAGAGUUUGCAAAAACAUGCUCUAUUGAGUCUUCCCUAUCUUCUGGUACAACUGCUUUGACUGCAAUUAUAUUUGGAAGGUCUUUACUUGUAGCCAAUGCUGGGGACUGCAGGGCUGUUUUGUCCCGAGCUGGAGGGGUAAUAGAAUUGUCCAAAGAUCAUAGGCCUUUAUGCAUGAAAGAAAGGAUGAGGAUCGAGUCGCUUGGCGGAUUUAUUGAUGAUGGUUACUUGAAUGGACAGCUAGGUGUGACGCGGGCUCUAGGCAACUGGCAUCUUGAAGGAAUGAAGGAAGUGAGUGGAAGAAAUGGACCAUUAAGUGCUGAGCCAGAACUUAAAUUGAUGACAUUGACAAAAGAUGACGAGUUUUUGAUAAUUGGAAGCGAUGGAAUAUGGGAUGUUUUUCGUAGCCAAAACGCUGUAGAUUUUGCUAGAAGGAGGCUUCAAGAGCACAAUGAUGUGAAACAAUGUUGCAAGGAAAUAAUAGGUGAAGCAAUAAAGCGAGGAGCAACAGAUAAUUUAACUGUUGUGAUGGUAUGUUUUCAAUCAGAACCACCACCACCUUUGGUUGUUGAAAGGCCUAACAGAGUCAGGAGAAGCAUAUCUGCUGAGGGACUUCAGAAUCUUAAAUACCUGUUAGAAAGAUAGAUUAUUCUUCUCUGCAAUGCCUUAUUUUUGGUGACCUGAGAUUAUUAUGUACAUAAUUCAUCUAUGCUUUUAUCUUGUGCUAAUCAGUGAUCACUGGUGGGGGUAGAGAUAAUAAUGCACUUAGGUGCCAAAUUUAAAAUAAAAAUGUAUACUAUUGUAUGAUUGUUUUACCCAUUGUUAGUGGGAAAGAUAGACGUUAACUAUAUAUAUCAUGAAGCGCACAAUAUUUUAACAUUGUA